AUGGCUUUGAGCCUGCAGGACUCACCUGACGAAAGGGCAUCACCUUACGCUUUCAUCACACGAACCGACUUGCUCUUGCUAGAAACAUUCGACAGUAGAAGAAGUACAAAAGAGGACCGCUUACGUCUAUUCUCUCAGUUGGGCAACCAAAGGCUUACUCCAUGGGUUCUAUCAUUCUAUGAGCUGAAAACUUUUCUUUUAGGUUCUUGCCCAUCACAGGGCAAAGGUCAUCCGCAGACCUUACCAGCAGCCAGGGACAGUUUCAACUCUCAUCAACUCAAUUACAUCGAUCCUGUGACUUCAUUCACCGCAUUAGAGGAUGGUCUCUCGAGCCUUAGGGACUGGGCUACUUCCGAUCGACAGACGAUUGACAAACUUGAAGCUAGCGCAUCAACAACAAGCUCCAAGAAAGAGCAUCCCGUUUACGAAUCAUAA